GUUGGAUAAGGCGAUGUAAAAGAACCAGCGCUUGCUGAACUUGCUUGAACGUUGUAAUGUUCAGUCGAUUUCCACGCAUUGAAGUGAGAACUCCCCUUUGUGUGGAAAAUUGCGGUUCGUCAGCGGUGAUUGCUGCGCCAUGUCAACUAUUUCGAAACAACAACAUUAGAGAGUAAUUUUCAUCAAGUUGGCGGAAAGCCUCUCAAUAGAUUUUACUAGUGCUCUAUACGUGGAUGCAGUGCAAGUAUUGAUAUGGAUAAAAUAUUAACUCUCUGUUUGGGAGUUACGUGCGUUCAAAGUUUCCCAAAGUUGAUCAAUAAAUACGAAGAUGAAAUGGCGGUCCGUCAGUCCUUAGAACCCAGUGUCUCCCCGUCAUCGUUGGACUCUAUUGUUUCAUUGUUGGACCUGGAAUCUGAAGUCCCCAAGGAUGGAGAAACGGAAGUGUCCAAGGAAGAGUACGAGAGACUGACUCAAAAAUAUGGUGCGGAAUAUUUUCGUCUCAUGCCCAUUACCAACCCUACUGAUAAGCGCUUUGGUUUCUACAGACAGCUUGAACAGACAAACGAAAAGGACGUUGCUCUGUUCUCCAAGUACAACAUGCCUUACGUAGCGAUCAACUUUAUGGAUGAAACCGUGAUCAAAAUUGAGGGGCACGUUCAUGUUGUUCUGCAAGCUGAAAUCCAAUAUUUUGCCCAAAUCAUGCAAGCGCUCUCAGUUGGAUCCUUGGAUGCUCUAGAGGUCAUUCCUGAGCACCUGAAUUUCAUCGUCAACGGAGCUCUUACCACGGAGAGAAGUUUAGAUUUUGACAAGUUCCAUCAGAUCAAAAGCAAAGAGAUUGCUGGAGCUUAUAUCUGGAAGAAAUUGGGAUCCUUGGGUUUCGUUUGUGGCAUGCAAUCGUUUAAACCUAAGCAAUUCCUUCACACGUACCGUUCAGACGAGGAUCAAGUUCUAGGAACGAACAUGUUCAGCAUCAUUCCCGGUGAACAUUUUGGCACGAAAGAAGACAAAAUCCUUGUGGUUGGAGCUCAUUGGGACACGGUGGACGGUUCCUCUGGAUUCGAUGAUAACGCCUCUGGUGUAGCGGCUGUUUUAGAGCUGGGCAGAGCACUUUCUAUGGCAGAGUGUAGCCUUAAAUAUACUGUCAUCCUUGUGACUUUUGACCUUGAAGAGCAUGGAACUCAAGGAAGUUUAGCUUUUGUCCAAGACUUCUUGGUCAAUAUGAUUUUAAAGCCUAUGGGAUUUCCGGGAUUUCAGGGUGCUAUCAUCCUGGAUUCUAUCAUGAGUUUCAAUACCACUAUUGAUUCUCAAAUUCUUCCACCAGAUUACGAGUACGGUGCUCCGGAAGCCUUUGCUGAUAUUACCAACGAGGGUAGAAAGGGCGACUUUAUAGGCCUGUACAGUAGAGACUAUGAUUCUCAGUUGAGCAAUCGAUUUCAGCAUCAUUGGCAUCUUCAGACCAAAUCUGGAUGGGAAAUGUUUAAGAUCAAAGAGUUUCGAUUGAAAACCUUGAGCACGCAAAAACCAGAUCCACUCAUCUUUGCCAACAUGACCAAUUUCCUCCGAUCUGACCAUGUGCGAUUCUGGUAUGGGGACAACGAGGCUUUUUAUACCUCGUUUAAAAGUGUCAUGAUAUCAGACUCGGGACCUUCCAGAGGCAACAUGGCAAGCUGUUACCACCAAGAAUGUGAUUCUUCUCUUUUCAAUAAAACCGUUCCAAUGACGAACCUUCAGUUCUUGGAGAAAGUGGUCCAAACACUGAUUGACACUGUUGUCGAUGCCAGCCAGGCUGAGUGCAAGUCGGAUCGCUUCAUAGUUCCAUUCGAAAGCGAGCCAGAUGGGUCUUAUGUUUAUGAAGACAAGUUCAAUGACCAAAACUCCCUCCCAAUGGUCCAAAACCAGAAUUCCAAAGGCGAGGUUAAAGGAACCUCGUCUACCAAUGAAGCAACAGUAAUGAAAAUACCUACAACAGAAAAUGUUAAAAUUGAAGACAGAGUGCCAGGCGCUUCCAAGGCAGAUACAGACAUGCAAAGGCCAAAUUCAUUUAUGAGUGGAAGAGACCAAUAUUCAUCGAAAAGGCCAUCAACUUGGGAGUCGAGCACCGAACCUAAACAAGAGGCUCCUCUUUUUCCUAGCCAUUCUGAACCUACAAAGGUCACUUUGAAGGACGAGACAAGGAUCUCGGAAGGCCUUUCGUCCAACUCGCUCCUUGACAACAAACAAAGUUUUGAGGAGACUGCGGAGCGUAGAAAUUUUCCCGAAGACCUUCUCGCUCUCAAAAAUGCCCACACACAAAUGCAAAAUAUGAAAGUUCGCCCUUUGCCGGGCUCCGAGCCCUAUCUAGGUCCUAAUCAGUCUCCUAAACAGGGAGGCAUCCCAAGAGUACAAGGCUAUAUUCGUAACAAAAAAGCGUAUUAUGCCAAUCCAAAGCCUACAUCUAAUGGAUAUAUUCGUUAUCUGGUAAAUCCCAUGUUUCAAAAGAACUAUAUUCCUUACGUUUAUCCCAUGUAUUCUGUUCCGAUUGUCCCUUUGCGGACCUACCAUAUAACGUCCCGAUAUUCGCCCUAUUAUGGCUGAUAAAUGAAGCUCGUGCCUAGAUAAAUUACUCUUGUGUUUGUUGAAUCGAUGAAGCUUGAUCUCACCAUUGCUUCAUAGAAAGGGAGACCACGUGCAAACCACUUCAAGGCCGUUUUCCAAACAAGCUCCAAUUGGUGAGGAAGCCAUUUUUGGAGGAGACUCCUUGUGACAAUGAAUGGACUAUCAGCACUCCCAACUAUGAAAGUGUGAAACGUGUAAAUAAACUGUUAAAAAUGGUCAAUAAACGACAAA